AUGCUGGGAAACUCGGAUACGCUGGAACCCGCACUUAUCCUAACUUUCGAGCGGUUUGUCGCAGAAGUUGAUCUGCUGGUGAAGAGCGAGGCUACGGUGCGUGUGGUAGCACGUCUGGGCCAAGUGUUGGCUGAACUCGGUCUCUUGGUACUAGAGUACCGACGGAAGCGGGUGUUGGCAUAUUUUAAGGGGCAACUUCCAAGCGACGUCUAUAUCGGGAGCUUGGUAGAGAUUACUGGGCGCGUAUACACCGUGUCUCGGAGGCGGCCUGGUGCCGAACACCAGCCGAAUGGUGCAACUUUUCGGGGCGCUCGUGUGCCGGUAUGGGUUUUCGACGAGCGCUUCGUCGGCCUUGGUGCAGGUCCUACGGGUACCUGGCUCUCAGACGGUGACGCGACCGACAGAAAGGGAGACGCUCCCACGAGCAAGGUCAUUGUGGACGUGCUGACGUUGCGGACAAUGGCGGAGGGCUUCGAUAUCAUGGCUUGGGAAGAGGUGCUUCGCGAACGCGAGUUCUAUUUACGGGAGUAUUUUGCGUGUCUGGCUGCUGCCGAAACACUCACGGAUCAGACGGGAAAAGCGCCUCCGGUUCAGCAGCUCUAUGAGGGAGCGGUCGCCGUUGAAGCCGCGCUGAGGACGGGUCCAGCAAAAGCCGCAGACGGCACAGAGGAGGUCGCAUGCAAGAGUCUCUCUCCAACAGCGAAGAACUAG